UGAUAAUUGAGUCUGGGCAUAAUCUCUUGCUUCUCUCUUUUGCCAGAGAACAGGGUCGCUUCUGGGAGGGAAGAAAAAGGUAAACGAUGCUUCAGUCGUACACUUGCAGAGAACUUUCAAUAGUCGGAGAACAUUUUCAGAAUCCAAUUCGAAGCCCCUUCUUAUUGAAACCAAGGUUUAAGCUACAGUGCAGCUCAAAGACUCUACCUUUCCCAACGAGAUGUGUUGCCAAUGGUAGAAAGCCAAAAAGGUAUGGAGGAAUUUUGCCUCCUAUUUUGAAGUCCUUGGAAAGUGAAACCGAUGUUGAGAAAGUUCUUGAAUCGAAUCAUGGGAAGCUCAAUCCGAAGGAGCUCACUGUUAUUCUUAAAGAGCAGCGAAGUUGGGAAAAGGUUUUGAGGGUAUUUGAUUGGAUGAAAUCACAGAAAGAUUAUGUUCCUAAUGUAAUUCAUUACAACGUUGUGCUUAGGUCACUGGGAAAGGCAAAAAGGUGGGAUGAGUUGAGGCUUUGUUGGAUUGAUAUGGCCAAGAAGGGUGUUUUUCCCACCAAUAAUACAUAUGCGAUGCUUGUUGAUGUAUAUGGGAAAUCAGGGCUUGUAAAGGAGUCUCUUUUAUGGAUUAAGCACAUGAAAUUGAGGGGGAUUUUCCCUGAUGAGGUCACAAUGAACACCGUGGUGAGGGUCUUGAAGGAUGCAGGGGAAUACGAUAGAGGGAUUAGGUUUUAUAAGGACUGGUGCACUGGAGAUAUUGAUCUGGAUGAUCUUGAUUUGGACUCAUUAGAAGACAUGGAAUCUAAGGAGGGUUUGGGACCUGUUAGUUUGAAACAUUUUCUAUUGACCGAACUUUUUAGAACAGGGAGCAGAAAUAGCCCUUCUAGUGGAUGGGGUUUAAAAGAUGGAGAGAUAUCUGUACAGACACCUCGUCUAACAGCUACUUAUAAUACUUUGAUUGAUUUGUAUGGAAAAGCCGGGAGAUUGAAAGAAGCUGGAGAUGUAUUUGCUGAUAUGUUGAAGUUGGGGGUGGCCUUCGAUACAAUCACUUUCAACACUAUGAUCUUCAUUUCUGGAAGUCAUGGUUUUUUGUCAGAGGCUGAGGAAUUGCUUGUUAAGAUGAAGGAGAAAGGAAUCAAUCCUGAUACAAAGACAUACAACAUACUUUUGUCUCUGUAUGCAGAAGCUGGAAACAUAGACGUUGCUCUUCAGUAUUAUAAGAAGAUAAGGGAGGAUGGUCUUUUUCCUGAUGAUGUGACCUGUAGAGCUGUUCUUCAGGCGUUAUGUGAGAGGAAAAUGGUUCAAGAGGUGGAGGCUGUCCUUAAAGAAAUGGAGAAGCUGCGCAAGUACAUUGAUGACCGUUCUCUUGCUUUUGUUAUGAAGAUGUAUGUUGAUGAGGGAUCCAAUGAAAAGGCAAACUUACUGUUGAAGCAGUUUCAAUUAAGAAAUACUUUGUCAUCAAGGUCUUGUGCUGCAGUUAUGGACGUGUAUGCAGAAAAAGGACUUUGGGCUGAAGCUGAAGCCAUUUUUCUCAGGAAAAUGGACAUCUUUGGACAGAAGAAGGAAGUUGUGGAGUACAAUGUCUUGAUCAAGGCCUAUGGCAAAGCUAAACUGUACGAUAAAGCUUUUUCACUCUUUAGAGGAAUGAAAAAUCACGGUACAUGGCCAGAUGAAUGUACAUUUAACUCUAUUAUUCAAAUGUUUGCUGGGAGCGAGCUGGUAGACCAAGCUAGGGACUUGAUAGCCGAAAUGCUAGAAGCAGGUUUUAAACCGUCAUGUCUAACUUUUUCUUCUGUAGUCGCAAAUUAUGCGCAAAGUGGCAGACUUUCUGAAGCAGUCAGUGUCUUCCAGGAAAUGUCAAAAUUAGGCAUAAAACCAAAUGAAGUUGUUUUUGGGUCUUUAAUAGAUGGGUGUGCAGAAGCUGGAAAUUUCGAAGAAGCUGUUGGGUAUUUCCAGGAAAUGAAAGAAUCGGGAAUUCCAGUUAAUCAGAUAGUUUUAACUUCUUUGAUUAAGGCUUAUGGUAAAGCUGGAUAUGCUGAAGGAGCAAAGCAAUUGUAUGAGAAGAUGAAACAUUUGGAUGGUGGUCCGGACAUAGUGGCAUCCAACAGUAUGCUCAAUCUGUAUGCGGAACUGGGGAUGGUUUCUGAAGCACGAUUGAUAUUUGAUCAUUUGAAAGAAAGAGGCUGGGCUGAUGGAGUUACAUUUGCGACCAUGAUGUAUGUGUACAAGAACAUGGGAAUGCUUGAUGAAGCCAUAGCUGUGGCUGAGGAGAUGAAAUCAUCUGGUUUAUUGAGGGAUUGUGUUGCCUUUAAUAAGGUGAUGGCAUGUUAUGCCACAAGCGGCCAACUAGUUGCUUGUGGAGAACUUUUACAUGACAUGGUUGAACAAAAGCUUUUGCCUGAUAUUGGAACCUUUAGAGUAUUAUUUACUGUGCUAAAGAAGGGGGAGCUUCCAACUGAAGCUGUAAGACAGCUUGAAUCAUCUUAUCAGGAAGGAAAACCUUUUGCUAGACAAGCUGUGAUAACCUCUGUUUUCUCUGUUGUGGGAUUACAUGAAUAUGCUCUUGAAUCCUGUGAGAUCUUCUUAAAAGCUGAGAUGGGCCUUGGUUUAUUUGCCUACAAUGCAGCUAUAUAUGCUUAUGGGGCCUCAGGGAGAAGUGAUGAUGCAUUGAAUAUCUUUAUGAGAAUGCAAGAUGAAGGAGUGGAACCUGACAUUGUCACCCUCAUUCACCUUGUAAGUUGCUAUGGUAAAACUGGCAUGAUCGAAGGUAUCAAGCGUAUCUAUGGUCAACUAAAACUUGGCGAUAUUGAUCCAAAUGAGUCAUUGUACAUGGCAAUUGUCGAUGCCUAUAGGAGUGCCAAUAGGAAUGACCUUGCUGACAUGGUAAAUCAAGAGAUGAGGCUUGCUUUUGAAGCUUAUCAGAACUCAGAUUCUGAAAGUGAGAAUGUCCCAUUUUCUUUCCAUCUGCAAAGAUUAGAUGAGGCACUCACAACUGUGUGUUAAAAGUUAACAAUGCGUGGCUUGUUGUGAUAUAGAAGUUGAAUACUUGGUGUGCUCUUUGGUGUAUGUAGCAUUUGUGAAUUGCAUUUCUGCUGGUGAUGCAAAAUACAGGAGGAUGUUCAAUAACUUUAAAUAGGAGAAAAUGGGUCUUUGGUCCUCUGAUUGAUUCACCAACAGGGCAUCGGUGCAUUUCAAAAGUGAUACAGUGGCUAAAUUUUUUGAGGAAUCUGGAUAAAGAAGAUGGUUGCAUAGCAUCUUUACUAUGUUUCCUCUCCUUUUGAAGUAUUUCAUCACCAAUAAUGCUGAGGCCGCUGGUAUAUCUUUCACCAUAUUGUAUAUAUUUGUAAGCUUGAUGAGGAUGCAAAUAGCACCAAUGACAGAACCAAAGAUUCAAGGAAUGAACCUCUUAGCCAAAGUUCCUGUAAUUUGCGUAGAUGUAUGUACCAUAGCACAGACACCAGAAGAUGUUAUCAGGCCCCUGCUGUUGUGUGCGUUUCACUAAGGUACCUAUUGCCGCACACUAUUUUAAUUAUUCAAUGAAAAGUGCUAUCAAAUUGAAUAGACUACAAUAAGGCAUUAAUAAAGAAUGUGGAUACUUGAAGGGAACACUAGUGACCAAUAACAAUGUUAUCUUUCCAUUUGCUUUGUUAAGAUGUAGCUUUAGGAAACAUGUUUGACCAUAAACAGCAGAUGAUUAUAAUGAAUAAAACUGGUUCAAACACAUGAACUUUCUAUAGUUAGCAGAUCCGAAUUGAAAAGUAUACUUAAAGUGAAAUGAUUGGCCUUUGGGAUCAAGGGUUGAAGGGUUGGAACGCAGAUGGGGUUAUUCAUGAUUUGCUUGGUUGGGCUGCAUUAUGUAGCUUCAUUGAUGAAAUAGACCAUUUGUCCCCAUGUCAUUGAGUAAGGUUUUAGGUGUUUUUUCUGUUGAUCUCGAGCUUCCAGACAUUGAUUUUUUUUUUCCUGGUUUCUUGAUACGGUUUGUAUUAUUGCUUUAAUAUUGAAGGCUUGACAGCUGUUUCUGAAUUUACCGUGCAGACGACCAUGGGGAAAGGACACCUGUGGACAUGUUUGUAUUAGAGUAAAUUCAUUGUUACAAGAACAGUGAAUUGAAAGAGGAAACAGGAAGCAAUGAUGUAGCUGCAGGGAGAACUAAGUUUAAUUGCACUACCAAUGACAGACGCGUUUGCUGAAAUAGUAGCCGAGAUUUUUUUAAUGCAUGGUUAGGGUUUUUUUGUUAGGUACAAAAGUACCAUAUGAUUAGUUAACCCACCAAUCAUUUAGACUCAUCUUCUCUACUUAAGUAGCUGCGUCAUUUUCCAGUUUUGGCUCAAAACUUGUAAGUUUGUAGAAGUUGAAAGGUGUGACUAUUCGUCAAAGUAUUGAAUGCAAUGGUUACAGAUGAGGGCCUUUUUGCCUCUUGAGAAAAUGUACUAAAUGUGUAGUGUCUUUUACUCUCUGAAGAUGACACUGAAGCAGAAAUUGGUUCAGUAGGUGUGAGCAUAAAUGGUGCCACCCAUUUUCCAGUUCAUUCACAUUUCAAAUUUGCAUUGCCGGACGUGUGAAUGGGCAAUUUGGCCAUUCUGUAAUGGUUUUUUGAAUUGAUGAGAGCACCAAUAUUCAUCCAUCACAACUACAUUGUAGUAGCAUUCUGAAAAACAGGAAUACGUGGACGGCCCAGAUUACCUGAGCAUCACCUCAAAGACAGUUUCUGGUUUUUUUCUCUUUAUUUUCCUAGGGAGAUGUCGUUUUGUAUUUAUGGUUUUAAUUAAUUUCGGUGACAGAUGAGCUGCUGAUAUUGAAACAUUCAAAUGGCCAGCCCAGCUAAGAAAGCAAUUGUACUAGUACGGUUCUAAUCAAUAGUAACCAAAAUCUAAAUUGAAUUCCCAU